AUGAGUGCGGUAAUUGAGGAUUCAAUUUCGGCGGACAAUUACGUGCUCUAUUACGCAGCGGAGUGUGUGUACAACCUGAUUCUGAUAGCGGGCGCACAGUUGGACUUCGAGACUCUGUUCCUACUGGACGAGAGAUUAUGGCUGGCGACCGACACGAACGUGCGCAAAGCUUCCGACAUUCUGGACUCGACGUUACGCAAACUGGCGGCGCAACAACAUACAGAUGUACGGCAGCUGCUUUUCGUCGUCCCGAGCGCCUGGCUCCGCGAACCGUUCGUUGCACAACGACUCGUGCACUGGUGCAAUCUCGCACUCGCCUGCGACGAAGACCUCAGCGCAGACGACCUCGUCACGACACUCGCACUCCUUUGCCACCUUCACCACACCUGCCGGACUCGUGGUCCUCGCGACCUCCUCGAUGGCAUGCUUAGAGACAUCUGCCGUAAACUGCGCGCUGACCUCACCGCCUCCGACCUCCAGACCCCACCACAGGCAGGCGCAACGGCUCUCGCCACCCGGGCACUUCCACAAGUCAUCCAGCGAGUAGGCGCCCCCCUAGCCACACCAGUCUUCGAGAAACUCUACGCCAUGUUGCUAACUAACGAACUUUCUAAGGAGCAAACGACACAGGCCACAGGGGGACCUCAGGUCAUAGGGGGACCACAGGCCACAGGGGGACCUCAGGCCACAGGGGGACCACAGGCCACAGGGGGACCACAGACCACAGAGGGACCACAGACCACAGAGGGACCACAGACCACAGGAGUGGCAGUACCCCCACCGAGCGAGUUGUCCUUGCCGGUAUGCCAGAUCGCCCUGUCUCUCCUUUUGUUGUGCGCUGGCUACUCGCCUACUGUGCUCCAAAAGUCGAAGGAACUGCUGGAACUGGCAAAGACACAACUGAUCGAGCCAGCCGGCUCCGAGGAGGUGGCUGACGGACCGGUAGGGAGCGCCCUGGUCACCGUCUUGCUCCAGACCAAUCCCAAGAACCCUGUUCAACCUCUGAUUUUCAUGGAUUGGAUCCAAGCUCUCAAUGUACGCGUAGAACCUGUGGCGAAGAAGCUGGUCGAAGUUGUCUUCCAGUCUUCCUGUGCCGCAAGCGAACAAGCCACCAAGCAGCUGAACACGUUCGGCGAGGUCGCUCUGGCGAACUCCCUCGGCUACUUGCCGCUGGAGGUCGCAAACGUCGAACAAAUUUGUCUCUUGAUCCGCACCUUCGCGCCCCAGGAUGUUCGAGUGCGCACCAUCCUCAAGCUGACUCGACAGGAGGGGGGGACCGGCCGAAAGGGCGGGAACGGUCAAGAGGGCGGGAACGGUCAAGAAGGCGGGAACGGUCAAGAGGGCGGGAACGGUCAAAAGGGCGGGAACGGUCAAGAGGGCGGGAACGGUCAAGAGGGCGGAAACGGCCAAGAGGACUGGAACGGCCAAGAGGACUGGAACGGCCAAGGGGUUGUGAGCGAGGCAGUGCAGACAGGAAGCGCACAACGCCGGAGAUGCGUCGACUGCGUCGCGCCGGCUUCGAUGGCGUUCGAGGCGUUUCUAAUAUACCGAACCGUCUGUCUCUCGGAUGACCCGCGCGUUACCCCCGGCGAAUGGGAACGGCUCUCAUGGGUCUCGCAGACGUUGCUUUCAGGCAGGUGGUUUGAGGAAGGUCGAGAUCUGACCGUAAUGUGUCGAAGCAGUCCGGCCCAGGUCGGGAGUGAAGCGGCGAUGUUGGUCCGAAUUUUGGAGGAGCCGGACGCCUCCUACCUCCGAAUUAACUUGAUGCAGCGGGGCGCGUACUCCGUCUUGCUGGCGAUGCUGUGUCCUCACAUGCACGCGUCCUACUUCGAGAGGGCGCAGGCGCGGUCGCUCACGGAAGCGAGUACUUUCCGUCUGAAAUGGGAACCGCACACGCAUUUGCACUCCAAGUACCUUGCUUCCACUGACACCUCUGAAGCGUUGUCGAUUGUAGAAGCGUGCUUUAGAGCGCUGUACUUCGAAGGUCCAUACCGUGUCUCUAAUCGCGCGGACGCGUUUGCACACACUUCAGCCAAAGACGACAACCCUGCCGAAGAGAGCCUUUCCCGCGAAAACCCUAACCGUACGUGGCUACUCACGGAGGGAGGCGAAGCGGAACCCGUGGUCCAGCCAAGCGCUGCGACCGAGCUCAGGGACGGAACAAGCACCGCCGCCGACCUCAGUCCAGCAGCUGACCACUCGGACAAGCCAAAUCCUGACGCGUCGCGGCCAGACAGCGACUCGAGGGCCAAAGUGGAUGGGAAACGGUUCCUGUUACGACAUACAAUCGAUGGCAUCAAGAGUAGCGAGUGCGAUGAGGAAGACGUCAACAGCGGCAUGGACCCCGAAAACCAUGUUCGGAAAGUUGCCACCACCAACUGCAACGUGGGCGAGCACUAG